UCUGUGGGUUCCCCGUCAGUCGCUGGAUAACUACUCUCACGCGCGCCAGCGGAACAGCAGCGCUCCGCACAGCCACCACGCCGUUCCGACUCGUCCUAUUUGAAAAUCAUUUUUUGUUGUUUGUUCGUUCGUUUGCUGGGCAUUGGGACAGUCGAACCCAAUUCCAAGUGAAGUUCAACAGCACCUACUGCUACUCCUUUUUUUUGUCUUAACAAUUACAAAUUUUGUCGGGAUUCUCCUGCCUUUUUGUUUUGAUACUUCAUCAUGGCCACCGGUAAAGCCAUCGUCUACUUGGUAUUCGCGUCCGCUCUUAUCGGCUGGACUGCUGGGCAGAAACGGACGAAAGUCGGAACGAGCAUUGCCGGUAGCGAGAUUGAAAUGGCGCCUGAUUUUGAAUGUCCCGAAGAAUUCGGUUACUACCCGGCGCCGAACGACUGCACUCGUUACUACGUUUGCGUAUUUGGUGGCGCCUUAUUAGAAAGCUGCACCGGCGGUUUGGUCUACAGUCACGAAUUGCAGACAUGCGAUUGGCCGCGUAACGUCGGAUGUCUGACGGGAGCGGAAGCCAUGGCUAUUAACAAGCCCAAACCACCUGCCCGACCUUCGGCUGACCAGAAAACCAACUCUCCAUUGACGCAAUUCUUGAGCUCCGAUAGCAAUAAACCAUCCUCCAGCCGGACCCAGUCGACCACUUCAUCGACCAACUCUCGGUCCAAGGCGCCACUAACGUUUGAGCUAUUGGGUGACGUUGCUGCCACGAUUGACAACCGACAAGGACGGGAUUUCCAGGGAACUACGCCACUGAGAUCACAGGGACAGAACGCCCAGAUUGGUGGCACCUCUAGAAACACGCUCGCCGGUGAAAACCCCAAACCCAACAGCUUCAACGCACGCUCUCAAGCUCCCCGCGUCGAAGAUCUCCCAGAUGACUUCAUUCCAGCCACCACAUUCAACCCUACAGGUGGCCGCUUUCCCCACAGUCGCUCGAUGGCCUUCCGGAGCCGUCAACAUCCUGGCGAACGGUUGAUCAGCCAUCGUCAUGACGUCGACAACGACUACUACUACUAUGACGACGACGAUGACGACACAAUGACUUCUUCCUCUGGUUUCACAAUCUUUAAUCACAACCUCGAUCGUAACGAUGAGGACGUGAGCGUGAAGACGAGGGGCAAAUUCGCCGACAGGGACGACGAGCUAUUCUGGAACCCUAAUCACAACGGUCAGCAGAAGGAGGAACGAGUCCACGAAGAAAGCAUCCCUUCAAUGCAUUUCAAUCCAAUCAACGCCAAUUCUCAGCGGUCGGUUUUUGAGCACACGAAUCACGGCCCGGUGCCGGUGCGCGGUGCUUCACAGCACAGAAGUAGUGCCCAGUCACCGUCGAUGGAGUCGAGGCAUUUCAUUCAGCAGAGUGCGACAUCCUUUCGUCCAUUCCAGGGCGGACAGCGCCCACAUUCAGACAGUCAAUUCAAUGACGAACCGUCCAGCGCUGGUCAAUUUCAACCGCAGGUUCGUGUUCAGGGCGACGGUUCCGCUGAAUUGCGCCACCAACCAGCGUCGUCGUCGUCCUCUCACGGCGUUGUGCCACUAUUGUUCCGGCAACAACAGACACAGCCACCACCACCACAACAACAACAGCAAUCAUUCUCUGAGCGCCCAGUUCCUUUCACCGCGUUCGCAAAGCAACCAAACACUCGCUUACCCAGUAACAAUCGGCCCCCUAUUCUAACUGCCCCACAAUUCCAAACCAGUCCCACUACUACUGACGAUUUUGAUGGCUCUAAUGACGAACAACAAUCACCCACACUAGACUGGAAUCAACAACCACAACGACAAGCACAGCAAACGUUACGACCAGGCCCGCCAAGAGUUGAUUCCAGAGUGCCAACUGGAGCCAGUUUGCCCAGCAGCGAUCAGUUCCACCGAGAGACCACUGUGCGCCAACCAACAACUGAACCUAUCCAAACCGAGGCCGAUUUUGCCGACCAGUGGGAAGCUCCAGCUCCUCAAAGACAGCAGCCCGUCCAGCAGAGACCAAGCAGUUCUUCUCGUCAGCCAGAGAGGCCUGUUACCACUACUACAGCGUUCCCAGUAAGGGCACCAGCUCAAUCUUCCAGUCAAUUCAGCGAGACCGACGUUGACUAUCACGGAUUCCCCGUCGAUGAGUUGGCCACUUCCGAGCCUUCUGCCGAUCAGUUUGCUGAUUACGACAUCUUCGACGAUCCAGCGACCACUGGAGUCCGUCCUCAGGAAGAAGAAAUCUUCGAAGCCCCCGUCACCAGGACCGUCCCUACCACAACAUCUACCACAACUACCACAACUACCACAACUACAACUACAACUCCUAAACCUCUUCAGCGAGGAGCCAACAGAGGCAAACCAGCAGGUGAUAGAGGAUCUUCUCGUUUCCGUCCAUCCGACUCCAACCGUGAAGAAGAAUCCGCACCUGCUCCGUCAUCAACGGGAACUAAACGCCGCCCGACACUGAAGCCCGUUUCUGACUUGGUCCGGAACACUCCAGCUGAACCGAUCGACAUCAUGCAGCAUCCUCCCCGCCGAUUGGAGCCCAUCUUCCCUCAGCCGACUCCGGAUGAGCCUGCCGCUAAAUGUAACGCCGACGUUUGCCGUCUUCCCGACUGUAACUGCGGAGGAAAAGACAUUCCAGGCGGCUUUCGCGUAAAUGAUACGCCGCAAAUUGUCUUGUUGACGUUUGACGAUUCCGUCAACGACCUGAACAAGAAACUCUUCAGCGACCUCUUCGAAAAGGGCCGACUCAACCCCAACGGCUGCCCCAUCGCCGGCACAUUUUACGUCUCGCACGAGUGGACCGACUACGGCCAAGUGCAGAACCUCUACGCAGAUGGGCACGAGAUUGCUUCUCACACCAUCUCGCAUAGUUUCGGUGAACAAAUGUCUGCCAAGAAAUGGGCCAAAGAAGCUGCCGGACAGCGUGACAUCAUGGCCGCUUAUGGUGGCGUCCGUGCUGAAGAUAUCCGUGGUCUGAGAGCGCCUUUCUUAUCGGUCGGAGGAAACCGCAUGUUCAAAAUGCUUUACGACAUGAACUUCACCUAUGACUCAUCAAUGCCCGUCUAUGAGAACAAACCACCUUCAUGGCCCUACACUUUGGAUUACAAGAUCUUCCAUGACUGCAUGAUUCCACCAUGCCCAACCAAAUCUUAUCCAGGUGUUUGGGAAGUACCCAUGGUUAUGUGGCAAGACUUGAACGGAGGAAGAUGCUCCAUGGGUGACGGUUGCAGUAACCCACCAGAUGCCGAGGGAGUGUACAAGAUGUUGAUCAAGAACUUUGAGCGUCAUUACACCACCAACAGGGCACCUUUCCCACUGUACUACCACGCUUCUUGGUUCACGACAGCCCACCACAAGGAAGGUUUCGAAGCUUUCCUUGAUACUAUCGUCUCCAUGGACGACGUCUGGUUGGUCACGAAUUGGCAAGCCAUUCAAUGGGUACGAGAUCCUACUCCGCUGGAUCGCAUCAAGACCUUUAAGCCAUUCAACUGUGAUUAUCCGGAGAGGCCGAAGCGGUGUAAUGCCUCCAAAGUGUGUAACGCUUGGCAUAAAUCUGGCGUCCGCUACAUGCGCACCUGUCAGCCUUGUCCGGAGGUCUUCCCAUGGACUGGCAAAACCGGAGUGAGAAAUCCUUUCCUCGACCACUACGGAGAAAACGAAGUUGCAUCAGCAUGAACUAAGCCUCGACUCGAAAACGAAGGAGAGCAAAUAAAAUAAACUGACAAAUUUUUUUACGAUAAAUGAUAAUGUCGGCAUGCUAUAUAUAUAAUUGGUGUAUUUUUUUGUUUUUUUUGCAUAAUUUGUUUGAUAUCGUGAUGUGUUGAAACAAAUUUCAAACAAACAAACAAAAAGAAUCACGUCGGGUGCCACAUCACGAGAUCCAAACGAGGACUCGCAGAGAUUUGAAAACCUAUAAAUUUGCUUUUUUCCUUUCUUGUUGUGUGGGUGUUUUAUGAUCCAAUGUCAUGGAGAAUCUGACUUUGGUGGGUUCGUCCACUGCGUUCCAACUUUCGUUUCCGUUUCGGAGAUAAUAUUCCCUCUAUUCUCUUUUGUGAUUCGAUUGUUGCCCCUCCGCACUCUUUCCCGUUGUACAUUGCGUGUCUUUUUUCUUAUUUCCCCUUCUCGAUUUUUUUUUAAAAUUUUUCCUUCAGACUUGCUAUUGAACAAUGGUGCCUGAUGGUGUUCUCGAUUUCAAAAUACAAACCUGCUAUAAAUGGCAUCAUGGAACCCGAAAA